AUGACUGCAUUUGAAGAAUUUGGUGUGCUUCCUGAAUUAGGAAAAGCAAUAGAUGAGAUGGAUUGGACAUUGCCCACAGACGUACAAGCGGAGGCAAUUCCAUUAAUAUUAGGUGGCGGAGAUGUUUUAAUGGCAGCUGAGACCGGCAGCGGCAAGACUGGUGCUUUCUGUUUGCCCAUUUUACAGAUUGUUUGGGAAACUUUAAAGGAUAUACAAGAGGGAAAGACGAGUAAAGUAAUACAGCAAACGUCACCAGAAUGGACUAUGUCGUUUUUCGACCGUAACGACGCGUUAGCUGUAACACCAGAUGGUUUGCGGUGUCAAUCUCGCGACCCAAAAGACUGGCACGGCUGUAGAGCUACCAAAGGGGUGCAUACGAAGGGUGCCUAUUAUUAUGAGGCUACGGUUACUGAUGAAGGACUAUGUCGCAUUGGCUGGUCAACACAGGCUGCAAGACUGGAUCUUGGAACUGAUCGACUGGGCUUUGGGUAUGGUGGUACGGGAAAAAAAUCAAAUGCCAAGCAAUUUGAUGAUUAUGGAGGGGCUUAUGGAAAAAAUGAUGUUAUUGGCUGUAUGUUGAAUCUUUACAAUGGAGAAAUUCGCUUCACUAAAAAUGGUGAAGAUCUGGGUGUGGCAUUCAAAUUGGAACAAUCACGCAAAUCUGACUGUUAUUUUCCUGCAGUUGUCUUAAAAAAUGCUGAAAUUAGCUUCAACUUUGGCACUUUACCUUUUAAGCAUGCACCACCUAAAGACUAUGUGGCUAUUUGCCAAGCACCAAAAGAUUGUGUAAAACACAAUGUGGUUUCUGCAGUUGCGGCUGCUGAAAGCAAACCAGUGAAUAAUGCCCCACAAGCUAUCAUUAUUGAGCCAUCCCGUGAGUUAGCAGAACAAACUUGUAAUCAAAUUACAAAGUUCAAAAAACAUUUAGAAAAUCCAAAAGUCAGAGAAUUGCUUGUAGUUGGAGGGAUCAAUGUGAAGGACCAAAUAAACCAGCUUAAUGCGGGAAUUGAUAUUGUUGUUGGCACACCUGGAAGACUAGAAGAUCUGAUUCAAGGAGGAUACUUGGCUCUCACGCACUGCCGAUUCUUCGUCCUCGAUGAAGCGGAUGGCUUGUUGAAAGCGGGAUAUGGCGAUCUGAUAGAACGGCUGCAUCGGCAAAUGCCGAAGAUCACCUCCGACGGGCGCCGUUUGCAAAUGGUGGUGUGUUCCGCUACACUGCACGCUUUCGACGUUAAGAAAAUGGCGGAAAAACUUAUGCACUUCCCUACUUGGGUGGACCUGAAGGGUGAGGAUGCAGUCCCAGAGACAGUACACCAUGUUGUGGUCAAUGUUGAUCCACAAAAGGACCGAUCCUGGGAGAAUUUACGGAAACCAGCACAGACCGACGGCGUCCAUGCAAAGGACAACAUCCGUGGAGGCAACACCACCCCCGAGACACUCUCAGAGGCUGUGAAGAUACUGAAGGCUGAGUACUGUGUGCGCGCUAUUAGGGAACAUAAAAUGGACAGGGCGAUAAUAUUCUGUCGUACGAAGCUUGACUGCGACAACCUUGAGCGGCACUUGCGCUCCUUCGGGAACGAGUUCUCGUGCGUUUGCCUCCACGGAGACCGGAAACCGGCCGAGCGGAAGGCGAACCUGGACAAGUUCAAGCAGGGCCAGGUGAAGUUCCUCAUAUGCACGGACGUGGCCGCGCGUGGCAUCGACAUCUCCGGCCUGCCCUUCAUGAUCAACGUAACACUUCCUGACGAGAAGUCGAACUACGUGCAUCGCAUCGGGCGCGUGGGUCGAGCAGAACGAAUGGGCUUAGCCAUCAGCCUCGUGUCAACCGUACCGGAAAAGGUGUGGUAUCACGGGGAGUGGUGCUCCUCACGGGGCCGCAACUGCUGGAACACCAACCUCGUGGAUGAUAGGCCGAGAGGCUGUUGCAUGUGGUACAACGAGCCGCAGUACCUUGCUGACAUUGAGGAUCAUUUGAACAUAACAAUCCAGCAAAUUCAAAGUGAUAUGAAAGUGCCAUGCAAUGAAUUUGAUGGAAAAGUUGUUUAUGGUGAAAAGAGGAAGCAAGUAGGCACUGGUUAUCAGGACCACGUAACACAGAUGGCGCCAGUAGUGCGCUCGCUUCAAGAACUUGAGUCUCAAGCACAAUUGUAUUAUCUCAAGAUGCAUCACAAUAUUACUGUAGCU